AUGGCUUUCCGUUAUAUUUUCGUGAUCAGUGCUCUGGUUGUCCUGGCCCAAGGAUCUUAUCUGUCGUCAGUGCAUCAGGAUUCUGGGGUUGGAGUGCACCACUCUGGAGUGGUUUCAUCUGGAGCUCCUGUUCUUGGUGCUUCACGAGGCCAUUCAGCUGUUCCCCAGCCUCAACGCCCCGUCUCUGGUCAUGGAUCUCUUGCUGGUCCAGUUGGAGGAUCCCGUCGAGUGGGUGGUGGAGGAGAAGCCGGAUAUCGUCCUCAUGGUGGUGCUCCUCGUCGUCCAUCUGCUGGCGCCCACGGUCGUCCCAUCGGAGGUGGAGCUGCCCAUGGAAAUGCUCACCAGAAUCGCAAUCGCAGCCAGAAACCCUAUUAA